AUGAUUGAGUUCAGUGUCCAGACAGGCCUGGUUCCAGCUACAACACAGCUGGAGAACAUACAACCUCCCAGGCUCUCCCACCCUCGUUCCAACCUCCCAGGCUCUCCCACCCUCCUUCCAACCUCCCAGGCUCUCCCACUCUCCUUCCAACCUCCCAGGCUCUCCCACCCUCCUUCCAACCUCCCAGGCUUUCCCACUCUCCUUCCAACCUCCCACCCUCAUUCCAACCUCCCAGGCUCUCCCACCCUCCUUCCAACCUCCCAGGCUUUCCCACUCUCCUUCCAACCUCCCAGGCUCUCCCACUCUCCUUCCAACCUCCCACCCUCAUUCCAACCUCCCAGGCUCUCCCACCCUCGUUCCAACCUCCCAGGCUCUCCCACUCUCCUUCCAACCUCCCACCCUCAUUCCAACCUCCCAGGCUCUCCCACCCUCCUUCCAACCUCCCAGGCUUUCCCACUCUCCUUCCAACCUCCUAGGCUCUCCCACCCUCCUUCCAACCUCCCAGGCUCUCCCACCCUCCCAGGCUCUCCCACCCUCCUUCCAACCUCCCACCCUCCUUCCAACCUCCCAGGCUCUCCCACCCUCCCAGGCUCUCCCACUCUCCUUCCAACCUCCCAGGCUCUCCCACUCUCCUUCCAACCUCCCACCCUCAUUCCAACCUCCCAGGCUCUCCCACCCUCCUUCCAACCUCCCAGGCUUUCCCACUCUCCUUCCAACCUCCCAGGCUCUCCCACCCUCCUUCCAACCUCCCAGGCUCUCCCACCCUCCCAGGCUCUCCCACCCUCCUUCCAACUUCCCACCCUCCUUCCAACCUCCCAGGCUCUCCCACCCUCUUAG